UCCCCCACGCAACAGAGAAAACCCCUCCUCCCACUCUUCUUCCUCCUCCUCGCCUGUGCUUCCUCCGCUCUCUUUCUUCUUCCCCCACCUCACCUUACCCUCAACUGCAGAGUGUGCCGACAAAUAAUUAAAAGGGGGGGAAGGGGGGCAAGUCCCUGUUUUGGGGGCUCUCCGGUCCUUUGCAUCGCAAUCUACUUUACCCAUUUCAAGCGGAAGCAGCAGCAGCAGAAGAAGAACGAGAAGGAUAUUGUGUUUUGGUCUUACCUAUUGAUUUCAUUCAUUCAUCCACCCAAACCCUUUCUCUAUCCGGGUCCCUUCGUUCUUGAUCUGAAUCGGGCUUUGCCGCUUCUGGGUAACUGUUUUUAUUGAUCUACAAGAUACUUGUUAGCAUCUCUUGUCUUCCUCCUGAGUGCAUAUAUAUGGGCUGAGGUGCUUUUCAUGGGAGGUGUCGAGGAUGAAACUGAGCCAGCUACAAAACGUAUGAAGCUGUCUUCUGGGGUUCUGAGAAGUCUUGCGAACGGUUCGUCAGGUGCGGGGUCUGUGCCUGGCUUUUCAGGUGAUUUAAUGGCCCGUCCCUUGCCUAUUGAAGGGGACGAAGAGAUUCUUGGUUCAAAGGGUGUUAUUAGAAGGGUUGAACUUGUCCGAAUAAUAACAAAAGCACUAUAUUCUCUUGGAUAUGAAAAGAGUGGGGCCCACCUUGAGGAAGAGUCAGGGAUACCCUUGCAUUCCUCUGUGGUGAACCUAUUAAUUCAGCAGGUUCUUGGUGGCCAGUGGGACGAGGGCGUGGCUACUUUAAAGAAGAUUGGUUUAGAUGAAAAUAUUGUUAAGUCGGCCUCUUUCCUAAUACUGGAGCAGAAAUUUCUCGAAUUCUUGGAUCAAGAUAAGGUCAUGGAUGCUUUGAAGACUCUGAGGACAGAAAUUACCCCUCUUUCUAUUAAUAAUGCCCGAGUACGUGAGCUCUCCUCAUCCAUUCUCUCUCCUGCAAAAUUUGUCCAUGUUGGUUCUUCCAGUCAAAGUUCAACAAGGGCAAAGUCUCGGUCGAAGCUACUCGAGGAAUUGCAGAUGUUGCUUCCUCCUACAGUACUGAUACCUGACAGAAGGUUGGAGCAUUUAGUAGAGCAGGCACUUAUCCUACAAAGAGAUGCUUGCAUGUUUCAUAAUUCAGAAGACAAGGAGAUGUCGCUCUAUAAAGAUCACCAGUGUGGAAGAGAUCAAAUUCCUUCUCGUACUUUGCAGGUACUUCAAGUUCAUAAUGAUGAAGUAUGGUUUUUGCAAUUUUCACACAAUGGGAAGUAUUUGGCUUCAUCAUCCACUGACCGGACAGCCAUUAUUUGGGAGGUUGACCCGCAUGGGGAACUCUCUCUGAAGCACAAGCUAUGCGGACACCAGAAGCCUGUCUCCUCUGUCUCGUGGAGCCCAGAUGACAGCCAGCUCCUGACCUGUGGGGUCGAGGAGAACGUGAGGCGAUGGGAUGUCUCUUCCGGCAAAUGUCUCAGUGUUUAUGAGAAAGCCGGUAAUGGAUUUGUCUCCUGCGGGUGGUUCCCUGAUGGGAAGUGGAUGUGCUUUGGAGCGAAUGAUAAGAGCAUUUGUAUGUGGGAUCUAGAAGGAAAAGAGCUUGAGUGCUGGAAGGGCCAAAGAACUCUAAGGAUCUCUGACCUCGAAGUCACGAGUGAUGGGAAGCAGAUAAUAAGCAUUUGCAGAGAAACUGCGAUACUUUUGCUCAACAGGGAGGCAAAGGUCGAGCGGUUGAUCGAGGAGGACCAGACAAUAACCUCAUUCUCAUUGUCCCAGGAUAAUAGGUACUUGCUUGUGAAUCUUCUGAAUGAAGAGAUCCAUCUCUGGGAUAUACAGGGCGAAGUGAAGCUUGUUGCGAAAUAUAAAGGGCAUAAAAGGAGCCGGUUUGUGAUCAGAUCUUGCUUCGGUGGGCUUGAACAGGCAUUUAUUGCUAGUGGUAGUGAGGAUUCCCAGGUGUACAUUUGGCAUAGAGGCUCUGGGGAGCUGAUCGAGGCGCUCCCGGGACACUCUGGUGCAGUGAACUGUGUGGCCUGGAACCCGACAAAUUCUCACAUGCUAGCAUCGGCGAGUGAUGACCGUACCAUUAGGAUAUGGGGCCUAAAUGACCUGAAGAUGAAGCACAAGGGCCCUGCCACCCACUGCAAUGGAGUUCACUACUGCAACGGGAGAACCUGAUUGAGAAAUCCGACUGGUCCCAGGACUCAGACUCGAUCAGUCGGUCAUCGGUUACUAAUACCCGCUUUCAUUAACAAUUGCUUUGCUGUAAAUACUUUUCAUGUUUCAUCAUCAAUCAAUCAAAUCUCAAGCCAGAAGAAAAAACAACAUUCAUGUCAAAAACCCAGCUUGUGAACCUUUUGCCUGUUCAGCAGACUUCCUGGUAAUAAAUCUACUCUUUAUUUUAAUCGUAA